UUGCACUCUAUAAUCUCUCUAAAUAAUAUUAUGGAAAAUUUACAUUUGGAGCCUUUAUUUUGAUCUAAUUUCCUUUUUUACCGUGAUCUAUUAUAUUGGGUAAGUUUACCGUUUUUUAUUACCGUUUUAUAUUUAAUUAUCAUUUAUUGAGCCACGCGUUUCCCAAGUGACGUCAGACCAUGUGUUGUCACUUCUUAUCCAUCAUCCCACGUCUUGCAUCUCACGCGCGUCAGGGGUAUCACGUUUUUUGAUAUUCAUGAUAAUUGCUCCCUAUUUUGUAGACUUGUAAGUAUACUGUCUAGUUAGAGGGAGGGAGCGGUUUAUAGGGUUUUUUAGUGGGUUUCUUUUUUUUCAAGUUCAGAAAUUUCUAGUGUGGGUAUUUUUUAGAGAGAGUUUUGAAAUUUAAAAUUUCUCUCUAUUUAGUGUGGCAGUUUCAUAGAGGGUUAUUCAUUUAAAACUUUCUCAAAAAAAUCUGAUUGUAAAUGGUUAAUACUCGUUCUUCCCUUUCUCCAUCUGGUUCAUCGAAGCUUCUUCUUGACAAGUUAAAAAUGAAGAAAACGAUUUCUGAAGAUGACAAUGAAGAUCUUUCUGGUGGUUCUGAGGGCUCUGGUGAUGUUUCUGUUAAGGAAGUGAAGAGGAAGCAAUAUAAUCGUGGAAACAAGAAGGUUACUGACGAUCGGCCUUUGAAAAAAUUGAAACAAGUUGUUGAAUAUGAUGAGGACUUCUACGACAGUGAUGAUCUAGAAGUUGAGAACAAUGAAUCGAUGAAGGAGUGGGAGUUAUAUUUCAAGCAUGAGGAUAGGGUUGGUGGAAGAAUAAUUUUUUUUCCUAACCAUGAAAACAAUGUUAUUGCCAUUAUCAAUAGUAAAUUGACUCCUUCUCAAGCAAAGCUGUUUCGUGAGACAUGUUUUGGACAUUUUUUGGACAUGAAUCCAAUUGCAAUGCAAACUCAGUUGAUUCACAGUGCUUUGCACAGGGAGGUACACCAGAAAAAUCCUUAUGAAAUGUGGUUCAAAUUUGGUUCUCAAAAUUUCAGGUUUAGUUUGGCUGAGUUUGCUGUUGUGACUGGUUUAUUAUGUGUUGGUGAUUCUGAUAUGAGUGGUUAUGCAAAGAAGGAGAAUGCAUUUGUGGAUAAGUAUUUUAGUGAUCAACAAGUAACAGUCAGUGCUGUGGAGGAGAGGUUUAGGUAUAGUGAUUUUAAGUUGGACGAAUACGCUGUUAAGAUGGCGGUGUUGUAUUUCGUUUCUAAUUGCUUGUUCACAAGCCCUAAUUCCAAGAAGGUUCCUAAUGAAAUACUCAAUAUUGUUGGGAUUGGUGAUUAUGAGAGUUUUCCUUGGGGAAAAUUAGUUUUUAAGAAAACUUUACACAACUUGAGGAUUGGUUUGAGGGGUGUACCAAAGAAAAAAACAGGGAAAGAUAUUGGUUCCAAGCAUAUUGAUAAGCGUAAAGGGAAAGCAAAGGCUGCUGAUAAAGAAUCUUCGAGGACUUACAAGUUGCCUUGUUUUCCUUAUGCAUUUCUUGUUUGGAUUUACGAAACUAUUCCUCUUUGUCAGAAGGCUGGUUUUUGUGAAUAUGAUAGUGAUCCAGAAUAUAGGAUUUGUAGAUGGUUGAAUGUGGGUCUUCCUAAUAAUAGUGCUGUUGAGAGGAAAGUUUUUUCAUCUCCUAAGCUGAAAGGUGAAUAUAUAUUUCCUACAGAUGAAGAGAGAUCAAUGCUUAAUCUAUCUGGUCUUGAGUUUAUUGAGAAGGAAGAUUCAGAUGUUGAUGUUGAUCGAGUUGGUGCGAUUGGUUUACAAUCUUCUAUUUUAAAUGAGUUAAGGAGGGACGUUAAAAAAGUAAUUCAAAAGCAAUUACAUUUUGAUGGGUCUUUUGAGGGUUUUACAUCAGAUAUUAAGUGUAGAUUCAAGGAGUUGGAACUCAAUAUGAUUUCCCACAUAGAUUCUAAGAUUGAUGAAAGUUUGCAAUUUUACUUGGAUUUGAAAUUUAAUGACUUGAAAGAAAAGUUUGAUGAUUUAAAAGCUUCUCAGAGUGUCGUGGAUAUCCGUGAUGAUAGUGGUGGUGAUAGUGAUGAUGAAUCUGGUUUGAAAGAUGGUGUUAAUGUUGAUUUGGCAGUGAAGGAUGAUCUAGUUAUGAAAGAGGUUGAUGAUGUAGAUUUGGUUACUGAAAAUGUUAAAGAUUAUUCUAUUGAUCCUGUUUUAAAUCUUGCUGAAAGUGGUGGUGUGUUGGUUAAUGAGGGAGACACUGUUGUAGAGGGUGAAGGUUUACAAAAUGUUGGAGAUGGUGGUUUGGUUAAAGAAGGACACCUUUGCUUUUCUUGGUAA